CCGGCAGCCGGGUGAGCCAGGAGCUGCGCUACACCAAGGAGAAGCUGGGUGAAGAGUCCGUCUACACGUCCCAGAUGUUGAUCCAGACCCCGAAGCGGGAUGGGGAGAACAUCCUGACGCAGGAGGCCCUGCAGCUCCACCUCGAGGCAGCCCUGGCCGCCAGCAAAGUCCAAGUUUCGCUGUAUGGAAAAUCGUGGGAUUUGAAUAAGAUCUGCUACAAGUCGGGUGUCCCCAUCAUUGAGAACGGCAUGAUCGAGAGGAUGAUAGAGAAGCUGUUCCCCUGUGUGAUCCUGACACCGCUGGACUGCUUCUGGGAAGGCUCCAAGCUGCAGGGAGGCUCAGCCUACCUCCCGGGCCGCCCGGACAUCCAGUGGAGCAAUCUGGACCCUCUGCAGCUGAUGGAGGAGCUGGGGCAGUUCACGUCCCUGGAAGGCUUCAAAGAGCUGCUGGAUAAGGCAGAGGUGGGGCAGGCUUACAUGGAGCGGCCCUGCCUGGACCCCCGUGACCCCCAGUGCCCCCCCAGCGCUCCCAACAAGCAGAGCCAGCAGAACCCCGACAUCCCAGCCGAGCUCUCAGGGGGCUGCCACGGCUUCUCCAGGAAGUUCAUGCGCUGGCAGGAGGAGCUGAUUUUGGGUGGCACGACCAAAGAUUCCCAGGGCAAGCUGCUACGCGCCGAAGCCCUGCAGACCAUGUUCCUCCUGAUGAGCCCCCGACAGCUCUUCGAGCACUUCAAGGAUGACUAUGAGAUCCAUGACAUCAGCUGGAGCGAGGAGAAGGCGGGUGCCAUCCUGGAGGCCUGGCAGAGGAAAUUUGUGGAGCUGGCACAGGACUCCAUCCCACCCAAUGCCACGCAGAGCGUCCACGCUUUCUCCACCACCACCCUCAACGACAUCAUGAAGUCCUUCUCUGAUGUCAGCGCCAUCCGGGUAGCCGGGGGCUACCUCCUCAUGCUGGCCUACGCCUGUGUCACUAUGCUGCGGUGGGACUGCUCCAAGUCCCAAGGGGCUGUGGGCCUGGCCGGGGUCCUGCUUGUGGCUCUCUCCGUGGCCUCUGGCCUGGGGCUUUGCUCACUGCUGGGCAUCUCCUUCAAUGCAGCCACCACCCAGGUCCUGCCCUUCCUGGCCCUUGGCAUCGGUGUGGAUGACAUGUUCCUCUUGGCUCAUGCCUUCACUGAGACCAGCCAGCACAUCCCCUUUAAGGAGCGUACGGGGGAGUGCCUGAAGCGCAUGGGGACCAGCGUGGCUCUCACCUCCGUCAGCAACAUGAUCGCCUUCUUCAUGGCAGCCCUGGUGCCCAUCCCUGCCCUGCGCGCCUUCUCCCUCCAGGCUGCAGUGGUCGUGGUGUUCAACUUUGCCAUGGUGCUAUUCGUCUUCCCUGCCAUCCUGAGCCUGGACCUGCACCGCCGGGAGAAACGCCGUCUGGACAUCCUCUGCUGCUUCUACAGCCCUUGCUCCUCGCGGGUCAUCCAGAUCCAACCCCAGGAGCUCGCCGAUGCCAACGACAACCACACCUGCCACCCCUCCCCUUACGGGCACCCUGGCAUGGCCACCAGCACCCAGAUCACCACCACCGUGCAAGCCUUCACCCGGUGUGACCCCUCGGGCCACCAUGUGGUCACCGUCCUGCCGCCCACCUCCCAGGUGUGCACAUCACCUGCCGUCCUCCUGCCCCCCACCGAUCCCCUGGGCUCGCAGGUCUUCACCCCGUCCAGCUCCACCCGGGAUCUGCUGGCCCAGCUGGAUGAGGCCAAGGGUGGGCGGGAGUGCGUCCCCCUCCCCUUCUGCCGCUGGAGCCUCGCUGACUUUGCCCGGGAGAAGUACGCCCCGCUCCUCCUGCGGACCCAGACCAAGGCGGUGGUGGCGGGGCUGUUCCUGGCGCUGCUGGGGCUGAGCCUCUAUGGCACGACCAUGGUGCACGACGGGCUCUACCUGACGGACAUCGUGCCGCGGGACACCAAGGCGCACGCCUUCAUCUCGGCCCAGUUCAAGUACUUCUCCUUCUACAACAUGUUCAUCGUCACCAAGGGCGGCUUCCACUACCCGGGUGCCCAAGCCGCCCUGCUCAGCCUGCACCAGGCCUUCAGCACCGUCAAGUACGUGGUGCGGGAGGGCAACCGCGACCUGCCCAAAAUGUGGCUCCACUACUUCCAGGACUGGCUCCGAGUGCUUCCAGGGGCGUGCGGGAUGCCGUGCGAGGGCCCGGCAAAGGAGCCAGUCAGCUUCAACCAGCUGACCACGCGGCGGCUGGUGGACGAGAAUGGCAUCAUCCCUCCUGACACCUUCUACAUCUGCCUGACGGUGUGGGCCAGCAACGACCCCCUGGGCUUCGCCGCCUCCCAGGCCAACUUCUACCCCCCGCCGCCCGAGUGGAUCAAGUACGACACGACGGGAGAGAACCUGCGAAUCCCGGCAGCCCAGCCGCUGGAGUUUGCCCAGUUCCCCUUCUACCUGAGCGGGUUGCGUCGCACAGCCGACUUCGUGGAGGCGAUUGAGAGCGUGCGGGCCAUCUGCCGGGAGGCUGCCCAGCGCCACGGCGUGCUGAGCUACCCCAGCGGCUACCCCCUCCUCUUCUGGGAGCAGCACAUCGGCCUGCUGCUGGCCAUCAGCAUCCUGCUGGCCUGCACCUUCCUCGUCUGCGCCCUGCUGCUGCUCAACCCCUGGACGGCCGGCAUCAUCGUCUCCAUCCUGGCCAUGAUGGCAGUGGAGCUGUUUGGCAUCAUGGGGCUGAUGGGCAUCAAGCUGAGCGCCAUCCCUGUGGUCAUCCUCAUCGCCUCAGUGGGCAUCGGCGUGGAAUUCACUGUCCACGUGGCCUUGGGUUUCCUGACAGCGGCGGGGAGCAGGAACGUGCGCUCAGCCAUGGCGCUGGAGCACACCUUCGCCCCCGUGAUGGACGGCGCCGUCUCCACCCUCCUGGGCGUCCUCAUGUUGGCCAGCUCCGAGUUUGACUUCAUCAUGAG